UGCAGUGUUUGUGAGAGUGUGUGAAGCCACUCAGGUCUGGAUGUACCGUAUCUGAAUCCGGGGUGAUCCCUCCUCUCCUCCUUCUCUCAGAUCACUCCUCUGAAGCGCUGACACAGAGCGGACAAUCGCACAAUAACCGGCUCUAUAGCAGCCCCUGGCUUAUCUCAUCUCGGCGGACCCCCCCCCUCUUCCUCCUCCGGUGCCGACCCGUGCCUGCUGUUAUCCACCCACCCCCGGUAUCAUCUGAAUCACACAGAGAGAGAGAAAGAGAGAGAGAGAUGCGGUCGUGUUUCACUUUCUUUGCUUCCAAGGACCCGUGUCUCUCACAUCUUCUCCCCGGAUCUUUGUCUCUGGACCGGCGGGCGGCGGGCAGCGGCCGCGUAAAUACUCCGAAGCAGCAGGAGCAGCAGCAGCAGCAGUAACAGAGCGACGCAGCUAAUAGCAGUAUCUUUCCACAGUGACCGCGGCCUGAUGCUAAAAUCCCUACAUUCAUGAGAAGGCAACAGGAAGCAGAUUACUGAGGGAUUAAAUGCAUGCACACGUAUGCACAUGCACACACAGAAGAUAACCACAGCUCCGGGAUUUGACUGCUGUCCAACUGUGGAUCUCUCUCUGAAUGAACUUGUGUGACUGGCUGACUGACUGAGACACUCUGGUAUCAUGGAAGAAGAGGAGGAGCCAACAGAGUCUCAUUGAAUUUAAAACGCAUGAGCCCCCCACCCCCCUCCCUGAGUAUUGAAGGCUUUGACUGGCUGAUGCGGAUUACAGACUUGUAACAAGCAGCAGUGUGCGUGCAGAGAGAGAGAGAAAGAGAGAGAGAGAGGGGAGUGCAGAGCUGACUGUCCGCCUGUUGCUGUCCCACGAUGCAUCUACACAUGUAAGAGCAGGAUCAGCCACACAGAGGGCUGUUUCUAUGGAUACCCCUGCCCUGGGUAGUAUUAAUAAAAUUCGCUGAUAUUCUGACUAUCUGUGCAUGAAGAAGAAAGAGUGAGAGAUUAGAGGUGCAUCCCCUGCAGCUUUAGCAGCAUCAGAUAACAUCUAUGGAGCAGUUCAAGACAUCAUCAUAAAGUGUCAGGAGGAAUAUCUUGAUGGUAUUUUUAAAAUAUAUCUGAACGUGUCCUAUGGAUGCUUUACUAUCACAUGUUUAAACCUGCAGCUGCACAAUCACUGACCAAAACAAAUGUUAGUUUUCUUUCUGCUUGGAUUUAUAUAUUUUGAUCCUUUCUGACAUUUCUCUUUUUUUUUGUGCUCAGACACUCCCUGUCCAGUUAAAAGAUUGAUUCAAAUAUGAAAUUCACAACAGAUGGUUUAGUAAAAGGCUGAUUUAAUAAGAAUCUUGCCCACACAGGACUAGAAGAGGAGGUGAAUGAUGACGCACAAAGAAACUUCUUAGGCCUGAAAAAAAUGAUUCCUUUUAUAACCUGCUUGCAAUUCUGAGUACAAAAACUGCCGCCAUCAUCCAUCAGGCUGGCUGUGAAAACAGACAUCUACAUGCACCUGCUACCCAAAGAAAAGUCAGGUGUCUAGUUAAGGUUCUGGACUCACCAGCAAGAUGUGGCAUUGUGUGCCGCUGAGGAUAACUAAGAGGUUUUCAUUUUGAAAUUGUGGGGAUCCAUCGAGUACAUUGCACUACCUGAAAUCUAUCAAUCACCUACCUGUAAUACCUCUAAACUGAGCUGUCAUGGCCAGACAGGACACUCCCCUCUUCCUCCACGGCUUUGACCUCAGCGGUCACUUUGUUGACCUUCGACCUCUGGGCACAGGUGUCACGGGCCUGGUGCUCUCAGCUGUGGACCAGCGCAACGGACAGCGUGUGGCAAUUAAAAAGCUGGUGAUGCGCGAUGCUGUGACGGUGAAACACAGCCUGCGGGAGGUCAGAAUCACCCAUCGGCUGCACCACGAAAACGUGGUGCGGGUUCAUGAGGUUUUGGCGCCGUAUGGACGGCCACUGCCCCGAGACCCAGCCCAGCUCAGUGCCCUGUACAUUGUGCAGGAGUGCAUGGAGACAGAUUUGGCUCGACUUCUGGAGCAAGGACCGCUACCCACAGGUCAUGCGACUCUGCUGUUCUACCAGCUGCUGAGGGGACUAAAGUUCAUCCACUCAGCUAACGUCCUGCACAGAGACCUGAAGCCUGCCAACAUAUUCAUCAACACGGACCAACUGCUGCUCAAGAUCGGAGACUUUGGGCUGGCCAGGAUAGUCGACCCUCACUAUUCUCAUAAGGGCUAUCUGUCUGAGGGUCUCGUAACUAAGUGGUAUUGUUCACCCCGUCUGCUCCUGUCCCCCAACAACUACACCAAGGCCAUAGACAUGUGGGCCGCAGGCUGCAUACUGGCUGAGAUGCUCACUGGGCGCAUGCUGUUUGCAGGAGCUCAUGAGCUGGAGCAGAUGCAGCUGAUUCUCAACACAGUGCCAGUGCUGAGAGAGGAGGACAGGCAGGACCUGCUACAGGUGAUGCCUUCAUAUGUCAGUCAUGGAUGGAGAGUUAAGAGACCCUUUUCUGAACUGCUGCCUGAAGUGGAUGCUCAAGCUGUGGACUUUCUGGAGCGUAUCCUGACCUUCAACCCCAUGGAUCGGCUGACAGCCGAAGCGGCACUGUCUCAUCCCUUCCUCCAGCAGUACUCCUGUCCAGAUGAUGAGCCCAUCUCAUCGCAUCCCUUCCGUAUCGAGGACGAACUGGAGGACAGCCUCAUCACCGAGCAGAGCCUCAGCAACAGCAACAGUCAGGCCUCCAGCAUCCACUGGGACAGAUAUGAGAACAGUUUAUCAACAGAUGUUUGCUGGCAGCAGUCAGACGGGAGGUGCCGCUGCAUGCCCCCUGGCCACAUUACCUCUGACCUGGAAGACACUACAGAGGAUGAGGAGGUGCAGAGGGACCCCCGGGCCAGUUCCACCUCACUACUAGAGGAGGCUCAGGUUGACCCACGAAAAUAUUCUCACAGUAGCUCUGCUGAACGCUUCCUGGAAAAUUCUCACUCCUCUCUGGAAAGGGCCUGUGGUUUGGGGUAUGGGGAACUGGACUGUGGCCGCUCCUGUGACUACAAAGUGGGCUCUCCUUCAUACCUGGAUAAAAUUGCCUGGAGGGAGGGCAAGCCUCAACACUACUCAGAGCCUAAGCUGAUACUGGACCUUUCCCAUUGGAAGCGUAACACUAACCUCCUCCCUGUGCCUGCUGAGCCCAUUGGAGGCAGUGUGGAGGACCUGGAAGAGAUGAAAGAGGAAGAAGUGGAGGGGGAGGAGGAGGAGGAAGAGACAGGGGAUUUAUUCCAGGAGAUCUCUCGGUGGGUGCAGAGCACCCAGUCUCGUCUGCACUCACCCAGUCCCAGCCCUUCUCUGGAGCCACAUUCACCCUCCUGCUACACCUCCUCUCCCCCUCUGCCCCUCUCCCCGACUGACCUCCCAACUCCAAUCUUCCACUACACAGAAGUUGUGCGCCAACCAUCAGCUGAAUAUGAUGAACACAAACUAAGCCCACUUCCACCUGUUACAUCUUCCCCUACUUCCCUUCCCUCACUUCUCCCCUCAUCUCCCACUUCUCCAUUUCUUCCUCAGUCACCUCGAACAGUGUCCCCCCCAAUCUCGCCACUUUUGCCUCCCCCAGAAUCUCAGCCCCGUUCCUCUACAUCAUCCAUCUCCCAGCCAGUAAAAAAUGACUCCUUGGAGUCACUUCCUGUCAAGCAAAAGGAGCGGCUUUUCGACCUGGAUGUGUUCAUAUCGCGAGCACUGAAACUGUGCAGGCAGAGUAAGGAGAAAGCGGACGGGAAGAAAGGAAAAGAGGGAGGGUGGAGGGAAGAAAGCAAACAGCCGAACAUUAACCGAAAGGUGCCCAGGCUUCCAGAGCACAGGACUCCACCACCACAGACCCCAAACUCUUGAUGUUAAAUUUCAGCUUCAGGCCCACUACAGUAUAGCAUCAUAAUGGGUAGCACUUCCCAAUGCUCAUAGCGAGCGGUGUCCAUGGUUGAAUAUGCUGCUUAAACAUUAGAUUUAAGUGUUAGCAGCUCUUGUCUUUUUGGUACUACUGCAAUGACACGCCACAGCCAGUGACUUAAGCAAUCCUGCAGCUUUGUCAAAAGGUCCUCUCAGGUUAGAAGAGGUCAGAAUGCAUUUGGGUUAUAUAUAAAUAACCAUGCUUAGCAUUGCAAAUACCAAGGAUUUGUUCUACAUGAGAAUAUUUGGAAAUAACCAGCUAGAUAAUGAUCAUGGUUGUUGUGGUUUGUUGUCAUUUAUCAAGUUGGUCAGACACUGGUCAGACUCUGACUUGAUAGCAACUUAUUCUGUGACACAAGCAUCUGCAAGUGACUAAGAGGGAAAGGUAAACCUAUUAGCAUGAGUUACCCAGGCUACUGACCACAGUAACAUUCUGGAGAGGGAUCAAUUGGUUUGUUUUAAGUUUGCUUGAGAUUUGUUUUUCUGUACAAGAACUCUUGCUGUGUGUCAGUCAUUGAGUAAUUUCUUGAAAUGUCAGACGGUCUUCCAAAGGUGAUGUUCACCAAAUAAUAAUGAUAGCGACACAGGAAAUGCUUCUUCCAAGUUUCUCUGAAUGUAUUAACUGAAAAAUAAUCAGUAAAAUGAUGCUACAUGGUAUACCAUACAUAUUUUAUUUGUUGCUGUUCCAACACUCCCACAGUGACUCUGUCACUGAUACAUGCCUUGUAAACUUGUAUAGAACUGUUGUCAUAUUUAAUUCUAUGGUAUAUUUCUCAAGACUGUUGUCUUGAUAUUCUUGCGUCUAAAAUAUAUUGGUUUUUUGUUUUUUUUAGUUGAGUGCUAGACCACAUUUUAUGUUAACUUGGUGUGAGUUGUAUUUGGUUUAAAUGUGGAAUGCUCUAUGGUAAUAAGUUAUUAUUAUUCAGCAAACUUUCAAUCGUAAAUAAUUUCAUAUUCUCUCUGCCUGAUCCACCAAACAAGGGUCAUCAUCUGCUGUACACUCACUGAAAAAUUACUGUCUGUGCUAGACAGAUAUCUGUCACCAUUUUCUCUCACCUAAAUGUCACAGAAAACUCUAAUGCAAACAACAGCAGCCUAUAUUUUGGAGAAUGUAGAUCCUUUAUAGGAAAUGAUUUGUACUCAGAACUUCUCAAUGAUACCCAGUAACCAUAUUGAUAUAUGGAAGAGAACAUAAAUAAAGCAUAUAUUUUGAAAUACUUUUCUACCCAGCAUGUUAGACAGUAAACCCUCUGAAUGUAAUUUAUUCUAGCAUCUGAUGGCCACCCACUCCCCCUCCCCCCUCCCACCAAGGUAACCAAAUCAGGUAAUAGAUACAGUCUGAUGUUAUUAACAGAUGAAAGCCGACAUUCACUUCACUAGCCUAACUGAAAAGCUAAUAGUGAGCAUAUGGAAAUGGCAAUAAAGUUAUUCUGCUGAGCUAGUGCCAAAAAGAAAUACAGUUAAAUCUAUGUGCUUCUUAUUCUGUAGCCAGAGUGAACAGGUUUCCACCAUUCCUGGUUUCACGGAAAUGUAAUGUUCUGCUGUGGUUGUACACUUUGUGUAAAUAUAGCCUGUAGAUUCUGGUCUGUGGGCUGUACAUACUCAAAGGAACAGCAAAUGGGAAUGUCAGAGGCACAACACUGAGAUGUAAAAAAUGCUGCCAGGACAGAAAUGAUGCCCAAAAAUAUGACAUUUUAUCUGUUUAGGGAUCUUUGAGUCCAGCAUCUGAUAUCCAUUCUGACUAGACCAACUUCCAGUCAGUUAGCAACAAGUCUUUCAUGCCUUCUUAAUUAUUAAUUUGAGUCCAUAGAAUCCAUGCAAGCUGCACACGGUAUCCCUGUGUGUGUAGUACCCAUUAGGAUAAAGCUAAAAAAUUAAUGUUUUGUGUUUGUUUGUUUUUUUCAAAAUGGUUUUGCAGCUGUCAACAGUUACUGCACAGGCUGACUUUAAUAAUAAGUGUACCUUUUAUACACACUGUAGCCAACACACACAGCUUCUUGCACAACAUAGUAUGAUUUCCUAAGGAUCGAGCCAUAUGUGACAAUUGCUAACAGUACAACCUAUGAUACAGCUGAGCCAGGUAUAUUCUUUCAAUAGACAUGAAGCACAUUUAGAGUCACUAGCACAUUUAGAAAUACAGGUUUUCCUCAGUGACCAAGGAAACAUCACCACCAUCAAUAUUCAUUUUAAGGUAUUAAACAUACCUGGGCUGGAUCUCUGAACUAACUGACAGAAGUGUUCAAGUCGAGAAAAAAGUGCAAACCGUCCAUUUUCUGGUCUAGAGCCAUUAAUCAAUUUAUGAAAUGGAAUGUUGUGCUGUAGUUAACCUAAUGAAAAUGACUCUAAUUUUUAACCUAUACAGGUCUGAUGAUCACAUUUUGCAUUAUACAGUUUCCUCUGCAGGUAACCUAAGCCAGCAAUAACAUCAUUGACGUAUAACACAAACAACUGUAACACAUGGUUACUGAGCCUAAGUCAAUUCUUUUAAGUGGGUGAAGCAAUGUAUAAAAUGUGCCUCCGUACACCUCAAUGCUUCCAGCUUGCUGAAUGUAACAUAUCCUCUCCCUUCUGCAUGGCUUUCACAAUUAUUCAAAUAGCUUAAACUUUGUUGUUUUCAUUGUGUGUCAGUUUGUGAAAUAUAUUCUUGCUCUUAUUUCUUUUCUACUCAGCUUCACGGAGGCUCCAGCUUCUCUUUUGAGAAAAGGCUGUGAGGUUUUUAAAUGCUCAGUAUUGAUUGAUAGUAUCUCUUUUUGCAGUUUGUUUUUGCUGGACAAUUAAUAAAACAAUAUGUAAACUCUUA